UAAAAUCGAAGAGAGACAGCUUCAUCGGACGGCCACGGCCCCACCGCCGCCGCAUCAUCCACCGUCCGUUCCCGCGGUUAAUCCCCCGCCAACCAAAAAGAGGAAAAAAAAAAGCGCCAAGCCGAAUCAGCUACAGGGCUACAGCUUGAGCUAACGCGCGCCACUCCACGCUGUCGAUGCCGUGCAUGGCCAUGGACGCCGCCGCGGCAGCGGGCGGCGAGAUGUCGCGGCAGAAGGCGACGGCGUCGGCUCCGCCGCCGCCGGAGCUGGACAUGGUGGCGCGCGCCGUGCAGCGGCUGGUGGCGCGGAACGACGCGGUGGAGGCGCUGAGCGGCGGAGGGGAGGCGGCGGCGGGGCUAGGAGCAGGGAUGGCGGCGUUCGAGGCGGCGAGGGGCGCGCCGGCGCCGCGCAUCGGCGUGGCGCAGUAUCUGGAGCGCGUGCACCGGUACGCCGGGCUGGAGCCGGAGUGCUACGUGGUGGCGUACGCGUACGUCGACAUGGCGGCGCACCGCCGCCCCGCCGCCGCCGUCGCCUCCCGCAACGUCCACCGCCUCCUCCUCGCCUGCCUCCUCGUCGCCUCCAAGGUUCUCGACGACUUCCACCACAACAACGCGUUCUUCGCGCGCGUCGGCGGCGUGAGCAACGCGGAGAUGAACAGGCUGGAGCUGGAGCUCCUCGCCGUGCUGGACUUCGAGGUCAUGCUCAGCCACCGCGUCUACGAGCUCUACCGCGAGCACCUCGAGAAGGAGGCGCGGAGGGACGGCGGCGGCGGCGACAUGCUCGCCGGCGCGUCGGCCGCCGCCGCCGCCAAGGCGGGGAGAAUGGCGGCCGUCUCGCCGUCCAAGCUGCUGGAACGCGCGGCGGUGAACGGCGCCGCGCAGCACGACGACUGGAGGAGCCUGGGUACGGCGGCGGCGGCGGAGGCGGCGAACGGCGUGCGGCGGCACAGGUCGUCGUCGUCGUCGCGGUAUUCCUUCGAUUGCUAGUAUAGCCAGCGUUGCCAAAGAGCGCGUUCUGUGUGUAUAUAUCAGGUUAUCAACGAGAGUUUUUGAGGCUGUAAAAAAAUUAAAGACGGAUUAAUUACCUGCCAAAGUGCCAAUUAGCAAAUGUUUGCCAUACACGAACAUUACUCGUUGCCUGUUCAGCAAUUCAGCAAUGAAAAUGAAAAUCUGGAACAA